AUGGGGCACCAUUCUUGCUGCAACCAGCAGAAGGUGAAGAGAGGCCUUUGGUCACCUGAAGAAGAUGAAAAGCUCAUUAGAUACAUUACUACUCACGGCUAUGGCUGCUGGAGUGAAGUUCCUGAGAAAGCUGGACUUCAAAGAUGUGGAAAGAGCUGUCGCUUGAGGUGGAUUAACUACCUGAGACCGGACAUAAGAAGAGGAAGGUUCACUCCCGAAGAGGAGAAGUUGAUCAUCAGCCUUCAUGGGGCCGUUGGAAACAGAUGGGCUCAUAUAGCAAGUCACUUGCCCGGGAGAACAGACAAUGAAAUAAAGAACUACUGGAACUCAUGGAUCAAAAAGAAAAUACGCAAACCAUCAGCAGCAGCAGCUCCACCAAACAUCUCAGCAACUAGUACAGAUCAUCAGCAAUCCGGCCAAUUUUUCUCUUACAACACAAACCAGCUAGACUUGAUCAAUCAACAAGACUUUGCAAUGAAGCCACAGAAUAUUCAAGAUACCUUAUUUACAUCUCCACCCUUAUUCAUGUUUGACACUUCUAGUUCUUCAUCGGUGCUACAAGGACUAACUGGUGAUGGUAGUAAUGCUGAUCGAAUGGUGCCGGAUCACGAUCAGCUCUUUCAAGAAACGGCAGGAGUACUGAAUUCUUCAAUCUGGCCACAAAUGAACCAGCAUCACCAAGACCAUCAAUCAACAGUACUGGUCCAACCAGCAUCUUUUACGCCUGGAUUGGAUUCAAUUAAUUAUUUGCCGCCAUUGAUCGAUAACGUCGAAAAUAUGGUGCAUAUUGAUCAUGUGCAAUCUUGUAGUAACAUUAAUAACGUGGAGGGAGAAAUAACAACACUGGAUUGCCUACAAAGGCAAGAGCUAAAUCAAUGGGUUGAAACAACACAGCAAUGUCCUAGCUACCUAUUUUGGGACCAAACUGAUGAUCAAGGACCACUAGGCGGGGAUGAAUCAUUACCAUCUUCUUCGUCAAAUAUGGGAGCUAUGCUAUCGUAUCCUUCACCUCUGUAAAUGGAAAAGCUCGUGAUGAUGGUGAAGAAACCACCUGUCUUUGGGGAAUGCUGGCUUUUUUCUUUUUUUUUUUGGUUUUAUUUUUUUUCCA